UGUGCAUCGUGGCCAAUGCCCUCCUAUUGGUGCCUGAUGGGAAGACCUGGAGCAGUGACCAACUCAGCUUGCAAGUCCUGCUGAUGCCUGGCUUCAUCGGCGGGGGAUUGAUGAUUCUGCGUUCCUUCUCCUUCUCGGCCUUGGGAAUGCUUGGUGCCAUCUACUGCCUCUUCGUCUCAGCAGCUGGACUCCGAAUGGGACCUAAGUGCUCCAAGAAUGCCAAGUGGGCCUACCACUUACAAGAAAGCUCAGGGGCUUACUUGAGCAACCAUGAGUACUGGAACUUGUGUGAAAAGCCACCCAAUGUGGUGCCCUGGAAUGUGACGCUCUUCUCGUUGCUGAUGGUUGCCUCAUGCCUGGAGAUCUUGCUGUGUAGCAUACACCUGGUGAACCCUAUAAUUUUACCCUUUGUCUGA